AUGGACGAUUCAUUUGUUGAAUGUACUUCUGUUUUACCUAGUAAUGAUUACAAAUUGUAUCCCUUCACUCGUCAUGUAUUCUUGAGUGGGGGAUUAGCCGUUGGCAAGACUACUAUUCUUAAUUAUAUUCGGAGUGUUUGUUUUAAUGUAGAUGAUAUUUUCUUUGUUCAGGAAUAUAUUGAUUAUGAUGUUGAAGGUGAAAAGCGUUUAGAGAGUUUACAUAAUGGUUUAAUAAAAAAUUAUCAAUUUCAAAAGUAUGUAUUACAAUGUUAUAAAAAACAGUUCAAGCGAAAUGAAUUUAAAAAUGCAAGAGUUGUUAUAUGGGAAAGACAUUUGGGUGAAGCUUUGAGUAUAUUCUGUGAAAACGAUGAUUCACUCACUGAUGAAGAACGUAAAGACAUUAAAAAUGAAAUAGAUUAUUUAUGUGAAAUAUAUGAUAUACCUGGUUUAAAUAAUAUUAAUGUUAAAUUUGUUAGAAUUGAUACAACUUCAAUCGAAAUUGAACGGAUAAUACAAAUGUUGUUAAAUGGUGUUAUUUAUCCAAUGUUAAUGAAAAAUUAUAGACAUGAUUUGUUUGUUUUAUUGUAUUGUGGAGAUUUAAAAGAACAAUUUCGCAGAGUACAGAAGAGAGGAAGAAAUAUAGAAUUAAGUUUAUAUAAGAAAGAUGAUGAUUUAUUUAAAAUUAAUGAUACGUAUUUUAAGUUUUAUUUGAAACAUGAUAAAAUAAUUAAUUGA